AGCAUCGAACGAGGUUGUAUGUGUUUGCGGUGUACAUUGCUCGGCAAACUGAUAUCACGGAAGUAGUCGAAGCCUGAGUUAACUGACGGUGAUCGCGUUAACCUAUUCGAACGUGUAAAAAUACGUGAUCGCGUGACGUCUGUAGUCUUAACUCAAGAGUUAUAUCUAGAAGCUGAGUGCCCGAGUUACAUUUUCCACGUCGUUCGACUGGGACGACUGGAUCGGUCGAAAAUCGAUCGAAACAUCGUCGAAAGGACGAAAGGUGUGAAACGAGUCCAACGAGAGAGACAAAAAAAGGAGAAGAAAAGAUCGAAGAGAGAGAUAAAAGGGAUCGUCGCGAGACUUGUUCCCUCUACCGAGAACUAUCGUUUGAACGGACAAUUAACACGGACGAUACACAACACGCGUUCCUUCUUUAUUUUUCCUACGUUCACGGAAUCAGUCUGUCGUCUAACGAUAAUCCUCGCGUCCCCUCGCACCGUUCCAAUUAACGUUCCAGUGAUAAACACGUGUCUCCGGGAGUAUAGGAAACGGCAAGAAAGGACGAUUGGGCAGACAAAUUUGUUCGUUCAUGUCCAAGACGAUGUUCCUGUCGUUCGACAAGUGACAAGCUCUAACUAAGGGAACAUACACGUAUACACGUAUAUAUAUAUAUACACACACAUAUAUACGUACAUACACACGCCACGGUACAUUGGACUCCGUGAGCAUCGCGGAGAGAGUACAUGCAACGAUCAGGUGCGUUACCGCGUGUGUCGCUUGAUCGUUUCUCUUACUAUGCACACUGAGAGGUACCCGAUUACUAUGAGAGAAUGAGCUGCACGGUGAAGAUUUCGUGUGGGAAGAACUGGAGCGGAUCGCAGCGAAGGAUCAACUCCCUCGCGGAGGAAACGACGUGUUCUACGGGUGGAAGCGCGAGCUGCGCCGGCCUAGCGGGCCAACCGACAGCCGUAGUGUCGACCACAGCCACCACGUCCACGUCGACCAUCGCCAACGCCGUCAACCCGAGCACGCUGACCACCAGUAGCCAGAGGCUCGCGCCGUCGCGUCCUGUCAAGUCGAUCACCGCUAAAAAAGGGGAGGAUACCACGAAACUGCUCAAGUACAUCGACGAUAACGUCAUCGGCAAGAACGGCACGUUCUUCGGACCAUUCGGCCGCAGGAAAGUGGUCUACUGCGACUACACCGCCUCCGGAAGGUCGCUGCAAUUUCUCGAGGAGUACAUCGCGAAGGAAGUGCUGCCAUAUUUGGGCGACACCCGAGCGUCCACCUCCAUCUGCAGCCUCCAAUCCUCUCUGUUCAGACACGAAGCCAGAGACAUCGUCCGACACGCGGUGGGAGCUGGAGAGCAGGAUGCGGUUCUUUUCACGGGUCAAGGCACGGCGGCUGCCCUCCGCGCGCUUCUGCGACACCUCGACCUCUCCAAAUCAACUGUGGUCUUCGUUGGACCGUUCGAGCAUCACGCGAAUCUCCGCCCUUGGCGGGAGCAUGGAGUCAGGAUAAUACGAGUGUCGGAGACCCGGGAGGGCUUCUUAGACUUGAACGAUCUCGAUCGAAGCUUGAUCAAGAUGCGAUCCGAGGGUGUUACGCAAAUGAUCGGAUGCUUCAGCGCUGCCAGUUGCAUAACCGGGGUUUUGGCAGAUGACGUCGCCACGACCCUCCUCCUCCAUCAGUAUGGGGCGCUCAGUAUCUGGGAUUACACCACAGCAGCCCCGUACGUGCAGAUCGACAUGAACCCACAUCUGCCCGGCGUCGGUGAGACGACCGUGCACAAAGACGCGAUUAUUUUCGCCGGGCACAAGUUCAUCGGCGGCGUACAGUCGCCCGGAGUGCUCGUGACCAAACGAUCCCUUCUCAAAGAUAAAAUUGCCACGGAGGACAUGAGGGACUCGCAUCACUACCACCGGGACGCGGAACUGCGCGAGGAGAGCGGGACCGCGGGUGUCGUGGAGGCCAUCAGAUGCGGACUCGCGGUUCAAUUGAAGGAGAACGUGACGCCUCGGGCGAUCGUCGCUCGUCAAGAUAAGAUAUCGAGGCAAGUGUUGGCACACGUACGCACGAUUCCGGAACUGAUUCUGCUAGGCAGCGGCUCGCAGAAUGUUAAGAGGCUACCGAUCUUCUCGUUCAUGGUCCGUCACCCGCGCGGCACGUUCCUCCACCACAACUUCGUGUGCGCCGUGUUGAACGACGUGUUCGGUAUACAGGCGCGUGGCGGGUGCGCGUGUGCCGGCCGUUACGCUCACGACCUGAUGGGGAUCGACCAACAACUCGCCAAGGAAUACCAGAAAGCUUUGAUAGAGGGGGAGCGGAACGUGGAGAAGAACGAGGAGACGAACGCGGAGGGUUUGAGGCCCGGAUUCGCGAAACUGUCGUUCCCCUUCUUCAUGUCCGAGGCGGAGGUCGCCUUCGUUCUCGAGGCGUUGAAGAUGGUCGCGACCGAGGGAUGGAAAUUGUUGCCGCAAUACGUGUUGAACCCGGACACGGGGGAGUGGAGGCAUCACACGAACAGCGUGUUCAAGGAGCGAAAGUGGCUGAGCACCAUCAGAUACACGGACGGGAAGAUGAACGCUUCGGAGAGGCGGGUAUCCGGGACAGGCGUCCUUCCCCAGAACUACGGCGACUGUUUGCAGACGGCGCGUAAUAUCUUCAACCGGGCGAGGAAAAUGGCGCAGAGGUAUCCCCUCCAGAUAGACCGUAGCUACAAUUUCGUCUCGGAACGGUUCGAGUCCCUUCGAUGGUUCAUGCUGCCGAGCGAGGCGCAGGAUCUGCUUCUGGGCAACUCGCAGAACGUGAAGCAAGACGUGCCUUUCAACCCGAUGCUGUCCUGGAGCAAGCACGGCCAUCACACGCCGACCACCACCCACGACAGCUUGGUCAACUCCCUCGCGCUCGCCAACAGCAUCCGUCGACUCAACAGCGACAUCCCCCGCACGGGCAACGUCCCCAUCUCCCCCAACUCGCCCAGGCAUCGAAGCCUGCCCGCCUUGAGCUCGGCCAGGAAGACGAUGCUGAGCGCCACCGAGUUCCACCACGCGCCCUCCUCCGGGGCGGGGAGCGGGAACGAGGAGGAGCCGCGCUCCGAGACGGCCGAGUCGAGCAAGGGCCAAAGGUCGCCCGCCACUUGCCCCAGCUCGCCGACGCCCGUCAGAUUCGCGGUCGGCGAGGCCGUGACGCCUUCGGCCCUCGGCGCGAUGCCGUCCCACGCGGCCAGCAGGCCGGCCAAGGAGCAAAGGGAGCUGGUCGAGCCGGCGAACGCCGGCCGAGUCAGGUGCAACUCCCUGGGGAGCAGCAGCGGCGCUGCCGCCGCCGACCCCGCCAAUCGGAACGUGGCCUCCUCCUCCUCCUCCCCGAUCCCCCCGCUGCCCCUGAGCCCGCAGACGCUGACGAGCCUGGGGCUGAGCGGGAACAACGGGAGCAACUACUCGAAGCAGAGGCGCCACCAUUGCAGUUGCAGCAGCCAGACGGAUCUGAACUCGUUGGAGUUGGACAACGGGAGCCCGAGCCACUCCAUCUUGUCGUUGAAUUGCCACACGGCGACCUCGCCCCCCUCCUCCUACUCGUCGGUCAGCGAUUACACGGAAAAGUUCGUGGGAGGGGGCAGGUCGUCGCCGAUCUCGGGGAACGGCGGGCAAAGGUCGGAGGACGACCUGAGGGCUUACGUGAAGGAGAUGACGAAGGAGUUGGCGACCGAGAUCAAGUCGGAGAUACGAGAGGUGAUCUCGAAGGUGGACGACGCCCUGUCGGAGACGAACACGUCGGAGAACACGCCGCAGCACCAUUCCCGAAACCUGAACGCGAUCGGGCAGCUCUCGGUCGAGGAGAAGCAGGCGAGACACGACUCGUUCACGGCGAGCGACAUCGCCGAAUACUUGAUGGAGUUCUCGAAGGAGAUGGCCAGCGAGGUGAAGUCGGAGAUCAGGUGCAUGGUGAACGCGGUGGACGGACUGCACAGGCACUCGCCCGACGCGUCCGCCUCCGACGUGUCCUCGAACGGGUGCGGCUCUCCCGACCGAGGGAGGGCCGUGCAGCCGUCGGCGUCCGCGAGGAUAUCGGCCGCGAGGCGAAGCGGCCCGAUCGAGAUCUCCGGCAAGGUGGGCGAGCUGACCCAGCAGGAGAGCAAGAUGUCGAGCGAGUGUUCGUCCGACGAGACGGUGAUAUACGUGAUGAAGCCGGCCGAGGGCGAGCAGCUCGUCAGUCGCAAGCGGUCGAAAACGGACGACGAGGAGGUGGUGCACGACCUGGUGGACGACGACUUGAACGACGACGACCCGCAGGAGCGCGGCGGCCUCGAGAUAGGCGACGCGAGGAAGGUCCUGCCGAAAAUUUAUUCCGCGGUGAACUCGGUCAGCUCGCAGGACAGCGGUAUCAAUCUGUCGUUCCACGAGAGCGACAAAUCCCUCGACUCGGUUGACUUGAAGCGCAGCAGCAGCGCCGAGUCGAACUCGACCAACAGCUACGGCCGCAAGCCGAGGACUUCCUCGAUGACCGCCCUCUCCAACAAAUCCAACAGUUGCAAGCAGCAGCAAGUCCGCCAGAACGACGACUUCUCCGAGGACGAGGAAUGCUCGAGCAACGACUUGAAGGAGGAAGAGGACGGGGGGGACCAGGGGGCGUUCGAGCCGAAGGACGGGAAGGCGGAAGCGUGGCGAGCCCAGUGGCACUGCCCGCCCAAGAACAUCUGGAAGCCGGCCGUCGAGGCGAUGCAGGAGUUCGACAUGAUUCGGGACAACGACCGGGUGCUGGUCUGCCUGUCGACCAAUUGCAAGAGCUCCCUCUCCUUGUUGCACACGUUGCACCAAUACCGAUUCUACGUGAGGUCGAAGGGGGUGGACUUCGAGAUCGGCGCCGCGACCGUGGACGCGAACGGACCAAACCCCGUUCAGCUGGCCAGCUAUCUCAACGGCUUGAACGUCCCUUACUUCCGCGAGGAGGAAGGGGCGAGCAACGGGAACGGCAAGUGCGACGGCGGCGGCGAUGCGCGGGGGGGCGAGGGGGUGGACGCGAGCGGGGCGUGCAGCUUUUGCGAUCGGGCGACCAGGGCGCAGUUGUACGCGAUCGCCAAGCGACACAAUUACAACGUUCUGGCGGUGGGCCAACAUCUGGACGACCUGACCGAGGGUUUCCUCGUCUCGGUGUUUCACGGCGGCAAGCUGAGAACCAUGAAAGCCCACUAUUACAUACGCCGCCAAGAUCUCAGGGUGGUGCGCCCGUUCGUUUACGUGCGGGAGAAGGCGUUGAGGCAAUUCGUCGAGAGCAAGAAGCUACUGGUCACGAGGGGAAUCGGGUCGAGCGACCUUCCCGAGAAGCGGAAACAAAGCAAGGAGCUGAUACUCGGACAAGAGCGCGCAUACCCUCGCCUCUACUGGUCCCUGAGAACCGCUCUGCGGCCACUGAUCGACGCCCACGAGCAACAGAUCGACCUGGACCUGGUCUCGCCCGUGGUCAACACCCCGGGCAGCAGUUCGAGCGGCUCGAGCGGCUGCUGCAGCUUGGCCGUGGGCGGCGGCGGCGGGAACGGGCAAGGUGGGGGCGGGCAGCAGAAGAGGCAGCAGCGAAGAGCGAAGUCGAACUCGAUCUCGUCGGUGGGGCCGGUGGCCCAGUGGCAGGCGGGGGAGCAGGACGAGAACGAGGAUGAGACCGACGAGGAGCCGGUCCUUUGAGGGAGACCCGUCGCGAGAUGGGAUUUCGAUCGUGAUUCGAUCUCAUCCUCGCAUCGCCGUCGAAAAUUACCGUCAUCGGCGUUCUCCGUGGUCAGGAGGAGGAGAAUGCGUUUCGCCACCGCCGCCGCAACCAAGAUUCAAAAUCCUGAGGGAGAAUGCUAAAGGGGGAAAUGAAUCGAUGGAUGAAUCGUGUUGGAUCGAACACCGUUUCGAUCAAACGCGCGAGGGUGAAACGAGGACGAGAUACUCACGCUUCGUAUUACACGCGUGGCUCGAGAAACGAAGAGAAAACGAAUGUUGUUCGGGCUCGAGGAUAUCUCGUUAGGUUGUUCCUCUUCCGCCGAGAACGAAACUUCGUUCGAUCGUUUCCCCGUUUAUUUGUAAACGGUCGACGCGUGCGCCAGAGAUCCUCCAUACUUAAAAGGAUCACAGCUCUGAUUCGCGAUUUUACGGCACGAAGAGAUGCUCUUAAUAACGGAUCGUUUCGUGAACGUUUUUCAUUUAGCCUUGAGCGUUCUCCAGACAGAGAGAGAGAGAGAGAGAGGAACGUCGAUGCACGAAAAUAGGGAUAUAUAUACAUAUAUAUACUCGUUCGACGCAACGGACGCAACGACGGAUCGGAUUUUUUUUUUCUUCUUCUUCUUCUUCUUCUUCUCACGAGUGGUUGUUCCGUCUGAAGAGUAUGAGAACGAGUCGUGGAACCGUCGUCGCGGUUCGUUCGAUAUCUAACGAUAUACAAUUGCUUCGUAAAAGCUACUUAAACAAAACGUUGUGCGCGGUUUAAAUGUUACUUACGUAAGGACACUUAUGUUAGCGUUUAAAAUAACCAACCAACAUGUUGAGACUUCGGUUGUACUUUACGAGUUCAGAGCCACGCGGGACGUUGCGGUGUCUGGCCAGGCCAGACAACCAAAGUCUUGGAAUCGUGGAACGAUCUUUCGCGAUUUCGAGGGAGUGAAUUUUUCCAGGAAGAAAAAUGAAUGGAUCGAAAGGAAAUUACGGAUGAUUUAUGGAGGGGAAGAAAGUGAUGGUUGAUUGGACGGGACUCGAGUCUUUAGUCCAAAUUUUGAUCGAUGGACGAUAACGAAGAUGGGGAGAUCGAAUGAAGUGACUACUUUGAGAAGCGCCAAAACCUCGACUGCUCAAGGGACCGCAAUUUUAGCGUAAACGAGAGGAGGACACUUGAUUUUUUAUAUUAUAAUUGUGAUUUGAUAAAACGAACGAGCCUCGUGUCUCGCGUCGGUGACGAAUUAGGGUUAGUCGCUUAAGAAAUAUACCAAAAUUUUUGUAAAAUCGUGCCCCGCGCUCACCCGUCGAGAACGAGCCUCAUUUUUUCGAGCAUUUUUCGAUGAAUUCGAACGUGAUUGUUCGCCUUGACGUCUUUCAAUUAGGGAGGGGGGGAAGAGAGAAAGAGAGAGAGAAAGAGUGAAAAAGAAAGAGAGAGAGAGAGAGAGCGAAAAGAAUUUAAAAAUGACACGGAGAUUUUGUUUGUAUCGUUCCGAAUCGAUAGGACGUUCAUUUUUUUUGCGGUCAAUAAAAAUGUCGUCCUUGACAUUCGGCUCGACGAUUACUCCAUUAAUUAAUUAAUUAAACUGCACGCGGUGGAAAUUAAGAAAAAAAAAAAAGAAUAAAAGAAAAUGAGAGCGAAAAGGGAAAACGCGCUUGUUCGACUUUUUGUAAAAAACAAAAACGCGCGAAAUCAAUCGACGAUGUAUUUAUCAACUCGAUCGUUUUUUUCGGUUCACGCGAACGUUUCCAUUAAACACACCGGAUGGAUUGAAAUCGAAGAGAACGGGAGAGAGAGAGAGAGAGAGAGAGAGGGAGAGAAAGAAUGCGAGAGAGAUAAAGAGAGAGAGAGUGAGAGAGAGAGAGAAAGGAUUUGAGGGGUGAAGGUUUUGACUAAUUCUCAACCGUAAUUGCAUGUAAUUUCGAUAGCACGCACACAAAAUAUGCGCCUAGCCGCGUAAUAUUCGUAAAUAUAUACGUGUAAAUACAUAUUUGCUUCUCUUGGCAGAGUAUACCGAAGACGCAUGGUAUAUAUAUACAUAUAUAUACAUAUAUACAUAUACGAAUCAUUAUACGAAAGCUUUUUCCUCUUAACUGGUAAAUAUACGUACAUCUAUACAUAUAUAUCAUGUAUGUCGCCUUGUUCGAAAUCAUAUGGCGGAUCAUAUUUUUCGACUAUUGUAUAGCCCCUUUUUCGUCGAUGAACAAGAGAGAAGAAAGAAAGAGAGAGAGAAAAGAAAAGAAAAGAAAAAAAGGAAUAGAAGACGCGAUCGAGAGUCUAUCGAUCGUUAAUAAGAGAAGAUUAGAAGAUCGCGUGGUAUUUUCGAUUCUUCUAGACGUCGUGGUUGAACGAAUGCAUCAUUUGUUUUUUUUUUUUUUUUUUUUUUUUGGAUAUUCGAUGUUCGCCAUGUCCAACGUACUGGGAUUCGCGCGACAGGAACGAUUAUCCAGCCAUUGUAGAUUACACGUUUUCAAGACCAAAAAAAAAGAAAAAAAGAAAGAAGCGAAACCAGUCAAAGCAGAAUGGCACCCGUGGAAGAAAUUCAUUCUGAAGAAUGGAAUGAACGAAAAUUGGACGAUACGAUCGUCAAACACGGCGGAUAUAUGGGGUAUUGGACGAUUAUGAUGAUCGAUAAUAAUCGAACAAGAGAAUUUUCGGCUCGAUACUUAACGAACUCGUCUUCGAGCGUUUUCGUUUCGUUUAGGUUCAGGACAACAGUGUACGCUCGCUAUCGUUAGGAUUUUAUUCGGAGGAAGCGUAAAAGCUCCGGUGCGUGUACGUAGACCGCAUGCAAAAAAAAAAAAAAAAAUACACACACACACACACAUUGCAACAUUGUAGGAUC